AUGGUGACUCUAGUGGUAGGUGCCGAGUCCUAUGACAUAAUGGCCAUGGUGGGGAAGGGGACUUUUGGACAGGUGAUCCAGGGGCAGUGCAGGAGGACUGGGGAGAUGGUGGCCAUCAAGAUCCUGAAGAACUGUGAUCAUGAUGGCCAAAUAGUGAAGAAUGAACUGAGGCUGCUGCAGGCUUUGCGGGAGGGGGACACAAAGAACUCUCACAUCAUCCGUUUCCUCGAGUCUUUCAGUGACACGGUCUGGACCUACCUGGUCUUCGAGCUGCUGCAGCAAAACCUCUUUGACUUCCAAAAGCAAAACAACUUCUCACCGCUGCCAGUCCGACACAUCCGUACCAUCACAGCACAGGUACUGGUGGCACUAGUCAAGCUGAAGGAGCUCUCCAUCAUCCAUGCUGACCUUAAGCCAGAGAACAUCAUGCUGGUGGACCAUGCACGCUAUCCAUUCCGCAUCAAGCUUGUUGACUUUGGCUCAGCUAUCCUCCUCCCUGAGGUCUGCCAUGUCCAGGAGCCCUACAUCCAAACCCGCUUCUACCGGGCACCAGAGAUCUUGCUGGGGUUGCCCUUCUGCGAGAAGGUGGACAUCUGGUCUUUGGGCUGCGUGAUGGCCGAGCUUCACUUGGGUUGGCCACUCUACCCUGGCAAUGACGAAUAUGACCAGGUAUGCUACAUCUGCUCCACCUUGGGGCUACCCCGGGGUGAGCUGCUCUGCGCUGCCCAGAAGACACAGUCCUUCUUCCAACGUGUACCAUGUUCCACUGGUACCUGGCAGCUCAAACCACCAGGGAAGGUGAUGGCAAAGCCAAUGGAGAGGAAGGAGCAUAUCUUUUCCUCACUGGAUCAGUUGGCAGUGGUGAAUGUCUGCCCGAUGCCUGGUCCUGAUCAGGGGGAGCUAGCCAAGCACUGUGAUCUGUACAGGAUGGUGGAGCUGGUCAAGAGGAUGCUCACUUGGGACUCACAUGAGCGAAUCACACCCAGUGCUGCCCUUCAUCAUCCCUUCAUCUCCAUGCAGGAGGUGAAGGCCAGCUUUGAGGCCACGCAGUACUACGAGCUCAGUCAGGAAGACCUGAGGGCAUCCCGUAAGGAUUCCAGCAUAGCUGAGAUCUUCCCAGGCACAGAGAAAGGUGCCUUCAUCCCUGCCAGCCAGGGAGGCAUCCAGAAGGCCACUGCCCAGAUGGAUGGGCUCAGCCUGGCUGAGCCAGCUGGGGACACUGGUGAUAAGUGUAAGCAGGACAUCUGUCAAGCCCCCAGUCUCACCCACUGUGGAAGCCAGUACUGUCAGCAUCACCGGUGUCCCCACAUGGAGCCCACUGAGGGUCACUUGGCUGUGCCGUGGUCUCCCAGCAAAAUGAAAUGGUACAGCCACUGGUAUGGCAGCCCAGACAGUGGCAUCAUGGAACAGAACCUGCCUGGAAGAUGCUACAGCUCAUCCUGUGCCAAGAAUAAUCACAGCAAAAUGCAUUGGAGGGGAUUGGGGAAAAGAGAGAGAGAGAGAGAGAGAGAAAGAAAGAGAAAGAAACCCUGCAGGAAAGGAAAGGAAAGACAGAGUAGGUAUAUCUACCAGCGUAGAGGCGAUGUAAUUCUUCAAGGUCCAGCCCAGUCGAUGUCCAGUCGAGGAGCUGCCUUCACGUUGGGGAGAUCUCGAGUUAGCUAGCUGACUCGAGGGUUUUUAUUAGAAUUUUCUAUUGAAAGUUGGGAAGGGGGGGGAGGGGGGGAAGAUACAAUAGUCUCAUGAUCUCAGCAGUGGGGGAGAGCCAUUGUUUUCCUGGUCCAGUGGUCACUACCUGCAGGCAAACAUCUCAGUUUGAUCAGCUGUUCUCCCACACACACACUGCCCUCCUCCCCCCAGGUUAGAGGUUUCAGUCCUUGAGGAGAAAAAGUGUCUUUUCCAUAUAGGGGUUUCAUGUCUCAGGCUUGGAGGAAGUGGCUUCUCCCAUUUCAGUCCAUCUGUACGGUGGUUGUACAGUAGAUGAAGGGCCUUCUGUGGAGACCACCAAAAGGUAAUUCCAGAAGAGAGUCCAGCCAGGCUUGGGGGUGGAAAACUCCAGGCCAUUGUCGCAGAGCAGAUACAGGCCAAGAAAGGUCAAGGUGCCCCUUCUCCUUUCGCUAGGUCCAGUGUUCUAAUACAGCAAACACACCUGCAAACAAUGGCUCAGCAGGCCAGAAGCUCUGCUCCAGCCUUGGGACCCUGGCACACUCCCACCAAACCAGGAUGUCAAAACGGGAUCCUUUUUCGGUGGUCCCAGUUUCUGCCUUUUUCAUGACGAUCGUGCUGCAGAUGAGAGAAAUUUUGGACAGAGUCUUACAACAUCCUUUCACACUUGUUCCUACCUGGCAUAGAAAAGUAAAUAUGUAUUUUGGCAGAGAGAUGUCUUGAGGCAUCAUUCAUCUUGUACCACUGUCCAUCCC